AUGGCGUUCCUACUACGGAUAGCUGCGCUCGCGAUUCUAGCGCCCUCUGUACGAUUGCAAGCUAUUCAAGACAGUCGGUGCUAUUUGAUGAACGGCGGGGCAGUCGAGAGUUUUUUUAUAAGCGAAGACACUCCAGUCGGUAGUGUAAUUGGUACUCUAAGCGUGAACGGUGACCCGAGUCCGUCGGGCGACAUCUCGCUGUCGGUGCAAGAGAGAGAUGCUGCGCUGCGUAUCCCGGCUGGCAGCAAGAAUCUCACGCUAGCACGCGCGCUGGACCGCGAGCAGCGCGCCGGCCCCGCCAGCCUCUACGUCAACGUGCGCUGCGACAGACGUGGCACCACUGAUCCCAGUUUCAUAAUCCCGGUGUCGGUGCGCGUAUGGGACGUGAACGACAACGCGCCGGAGUGGAUCGGUGCGCCGUUCGAGGCGCGUGUGUCGGAGCUGGCGAGUGUCGGCAGCCGCGUGCUGGCCGCGCCGGCGCGCGACGCUGAUCAGCCCGGCCCGCACGCUACCGUGCACUACGUAGUGCUGCCCGGCCCGCACAGCGAGUUCAUCGGCUUCGCGAAUGAACUGGACAGUACAUUAGUUGUGAAGAAACCUCUGGACUACGAGCGAGUGCGGAAUUUUACACUGACGUUGCGCGCUCAGGACGCGGGCACGCCACCACGGUAUAGUGACACGCAGUUGACUGUGCGUGUGCUCGACGCAGACGACCAGAACCCCAAGUUCACGCACGACCACUACACUGCGCUUGUACCAGAUGAUGUCCAAGAGGGUACCAUACUGAAGACGUCGCCGGGCCCGAUCUCGGCCGCGGACCAGGACGUGGGUAUCAACGCCCCGCUGUACUACGCUGUGGCGAGCGAGGCGGGCAGCAGCGCGGCGCUGGUGCGCGUGGAACGCGAGUCGGGCCGCGUGGCCGCCGCCGCCGCGCUGCGCGACGCCGACCUGCCCGCCACUAUCGUCAUCAAGGCAACGCAGGUGGACAACGCGGACCGCUAUGCACUCGCAGCACUGGAGUUAUCGCGUGCGGCUCCGCGGCGAGUGCGCUUCCUGCGGCGAGCGUUCGCAGCGCGUGUGCGCGAGGACGCCGCGCCCGGCGCGCUGCUGCUCGCGCUGCACACCGCGCCGCCGCAGGCUCCUCUUCAAUUCUACGUGUCAGACAAAAGUUUUCUGGACAAGUUUGCGAUUAACAGUGCCGGUGAAGUAUUACUGAAGAAAUCCCUCGAUUACGAAACAACGGACUCCUACAACUACCAAGUUAUGGUCACCGACGGAGUCAGUAACGAUACGGCGACAGUGAACAUAACGGUGCUAAACGUCAACGAGUGGGAGCCGCGGUUCCGUUUCCCGCACUAUGAGUUUCAACUGGACACAGAUGCUAUGGAGGAUGAGGAUAGCGAUGUAGCCGCGAGCGGGCUGGGGGCGGUGGGGCGGCUGGAGGUGCAUGACGGCGACCGAGCGGACUCUGUCUCGCUCACACUACGCGGCACGCACGCACCGUUGUUCUACAUAAACGACUCGGGCGAGAUGUUCCUGCGACGAGAAGCGUUGGCAACAAUGAAUUCAUCGGUACUGCACGUCGUCGCUACUGCUGUAGACUCCGGCGAUCCGCCCCGACAGACGUCUGUGCCGGUGUCCGUGCGUGUGGUGGGGCGAGGCUGGGGCGCGCUGGGAGGCGCGCGGGGCGGCGGCGGGACGCGCGGUGCGGCGCUGGGUGCGCUGGGCGCAGCGCUGGCGCUGUUGGCGCUGCUCGUGCUGGCGCUGCUCCUCUACAUCUGCCGCAGGCGAAGACGACGAAGUAAAAACGGCAGCGCUUCUGCUCUCACUCUGCCUCCGGAGAAGCCCCCUAGUGCAGUGGGUGUAGGAAGUGUGGGUAGUACAGGAGGAACGAGAAAUGCUGUAAGUGCGGGGGAGGCAGUAGGGAGCGGCGAGGGAGGGGGGGCGCGCGGACUCUCCGCUAAGCGUGUCGGCGGGCGCCAGCACCAUCCUGGCCGGCUCCACCGCCAGCCUGGACCCCGCAGACAGUGGUGUGCCAGCGAAUAG